AUGAGGAGCUUGGGCUUCGCCCUCUAUCUGAGCAUCUUCGGCGUUGGGAGCUUCAUCAGCGGCUUCUUCAUCUUGGUAAUCGAGAACGUGAGCACCUGGUGGGGGGAGGACUGGUUCUCCGACAACCUGAAUCGUGCCCACCUCGACUACUUCUACUGGCUUCUGGUGGCGCUGAGUUCCGUCGAGCUCCUCUUGUACCUGUACUUCGCUCGUUCCUUCGUCUUCAACCAGGGAAGGAAUGGGAACGGCGCGGCCUGA